AUUGGGCAUAUCACCAUGGAAAUUUGCUUGAAUUUUGCACGCUGUCCGAGACACCAAUCUGCAACACCCUCAAGUCGCCUUACUAUAUUUUCUCGCUGCUACCGCUUUGCCACAAUCAGAUUUCUUUUCCCUCUAUAAUUAUAGUCUUUCUUUUUCUUCAAGAGCUCUGUUUUCUGCGAAGAAAACCAGCAUCUUGCUCAACGAUGGCUGACCACGGGAAGUCCAAAGUGGACAUAUCGUUCGCCGGCACAUUUGCCAGUAGCGCUUUUGCUGCCUGUUUCGCCGAGAUUUGUACAAUCCCAUUGGACACUGCUAAAGUUAGGCUUCAGCUCCAAAAGAAAGCAGUUGAAGGGGAUGGAUUGGCUCUACCAAAAUAUAGAGGAAUGUUGGGUACAGUAGGCACAAUUGCCAGGGAAGAAGGUUUAGCUGCUUUAUGGAAGGGAAUUGUUCCAGGGUUACACCGUCAAUGUCUAUUUGGGGGCAUACGCAUUGGGAUGUAUGAGCCUGUAAAGAACUUUUAUGUGGGCAAAGAUCAUGUUGGGGAAGUGCCUCUUACAAAGAAAAUACUUGCUGGCCUCACAACUGGUGCUUUGGGUAUAGCUAUUGCAAACCCUACUGAUCUCGUUAAGGUGAGGCUCCAAUCUGAAGGAAAAUUACCUCCAGGUGUGCCAAGGCGUUACUCUGGAGCAUUAAAUGCUUAUUCUACCAUAGUGAGACAAGAGGGAGUCACAGCUCUUUGGACUGGAAUUGGACCGAACAUUGGGCGAAAUGCUAUAAUAAAUGCAGCUGAAUUAGCAAGUUAUGACCAAGUCAAGCAGACAAUUCUUAAGAUUCCUGGGUUCACAGACAAUGUCCUUACUCACAUUUUAUCCGGUCUUGGAGCUGGUUUCUUUGCUGUCUGCAUAGGCUCCCCAGUGGACGUGGUUAAAUCCAGAAUGAUGGGUGAUCCAACAUACAAGAAUACAUUAGAUUGCUUUGUGAAGACGCUGAGGAAUGAUGGACCACUUGCGUUCUACAAAGGUUUUAUACCAAAUUUCGGCCGGCUAGGCUCAUGGAAUGUGAUUAUGUUUUUAACAUUGGAGCAGGCUAAGAAGAUUGUGAGAGAUUUAGAGUCUUCAAGAAGUUAAAAAAGUAUGGACUCUAUUAACUGAGGAGUCAUCAAAGUGAUCCAUGGCCGAUUGGCCACUGCAACUUGAUGUGUUCUUUCUCACAUUUGAGAUUUCCAUUGGAUCAUACUAUAUAUGUAACAUUAUUUUUCCAAGCUUGGGAACAAAGGCAACUGUCAUAAAUGAAUGAAGACAUGUUUUUCUUUUUUGUUUGAUUUUGGUUGUGUUCCUUGGGGAGCAUCUUCUUUUCCAAAUUUGCUGAAGUGAAACAGCUACCUACUCUGUAAUUGGUUGGAUGAAUUGUUGAAUCUUCCGACUUGGAAAAUACAAAUAAGAUUAGCAAAGAUUUUCUGUUCUCAAAAGGCUUGAAAGUGCUUCUAGAUAAGAGUAUGUUCUGUUAUUAUGAAAUUAUUAUAUAUUGUCAUAUUAAUGCAUUGA